UAUAACUUAUCCUGUGCGUCAUGAUAUCUCACCGAUGUCUCACAGAAAGAAUCUUCCUGCGGAAAAGAAAUGAUAGUAACAAACCUCGGCGAGUAUGUACUACAGAGUGCUCCUGUGACCCCAUCCUUUACCAGGCAUUCACACCCACGGGCUUUAAUUCUGCGGGCCAUUUUGGAAAAGUUGGGGGCAGUUUCUUCCAAUUAUCGGGCUCCUGACCGCAAAAUUGCCCAAAACACCCCUGCUCGAGUUCGUCUUCUGGAGGUUGGAGUAGUGGAUCGGAACCCUUUUCUGCACUACAGUACCCUGCCUGUGCUGACCAAACCGUUUCUGGCCUCAAUGACCCAUAUCUUUUUUUGGUGGCUUGCUUGGCUUGACCUCUUCUACUUUGUAACUGUGACUGGGA